ACUCAGCAGCGGUUAUCAGAUGAAUGGAACCACAGCACGGUGCAAAUGUGCGGAUGACAGCGUCUGUGUAUAGCUCAGCCUGAGGAGGAAUAGAAGUGAUCAAUAAGGCAGACGGACACUGACUGUGUCCUGCUAACUGAAUCUGAAUCCUGCUCUCUGAUUUUCCCCCUACUGCGCUACUUCACUGAACAAAUCCUUCUGAAGAUGGAGUUUGGGGAGAGGAAGAGGAGAAGGAAGUCUCGGAGCUUCAAACUGGUCACGGAUGAAGAUGAUGACGCUUCAUGUGUGAUGAAUCCCAGCUAUAAGGAUCCCAAUGUGGAGCCUAAGGUGGCUGCUGUGCCUGAAGUAGUUUGGCUGGGGGAUGAAGGCAUGGAGAUAAAGAGGCAAAUCACAGGAAUGAUGCAGCUCCUGAGUGAUAAGAGCAGCAGGGCCUAUCACCGUGUGGGAGCAGAGCAGGACAGCUCAGUGACGGAGCCCCCGGAGGCAGACUGUCGGGCCUGGCUACAUCAACCUGCAUCUUUGCCUCUUGUAUCAGAGGACCACCAGAGCAACAGCUGGAGCUCUGCAGCGGACAUGGGGCCUGCAACGACUUCAACCAUAUCUACUCCCAUCCCCGGCGAUCCAGGCUGUUCCCAGUACAGCACACGCUCCAAGGCCCUGAGGAUCCUCAACCACACAAAGGAUGGCAUCAAAGUGAAUGAGGAUAACGAUGUGGUACCACCUGCUGCGUCAGAGGCCCCCUGCUGCCUGUGUAACUGUAAGGGCACCUUGCAGGCCAUCCUGCAGGAGCUGCGUGCCAUGCGGAGGCUGAUGCAGGCACAAAAAGCCACGCUGGAAAGGCAGGAACAGACAGCAUCACCAUGCCAACCUCGUCUCGGUCCAGGACCUGCUCCUCGCCGCAGGCCACGCAAGAGGAGGCCAAUCUAUAAAGUGGCACCGCUGAGUGUGUCUAGUACCAGGAGAGCUGCUCUUAGCCCUCUGGAGGCCUCGCCACUUAUAGCUGCACUUGCAGAAUCUGGAAAGAGGCAAGAAUCAGAGAACCAGCGGGACGAAUCGGCAGCCAACAGACAUCCAGUCUCCUCUGAGGUUUCUGUGCUGCCACCUCGGAACAAUCCAGUGGCUUUUAACAACUCACAGAGUCCUCUCCUGAACCAGUUAAGGGAACCUCAGUCAUCAGAGUCUGAGGUGCGUCUUGCCAAGGAUUACGAUGUGUUUAUCUCAAAAGCUCAGCUGGACUCCAUCCUCGUCAACUACACACGCUCUGGGAGCCUGCUGUUUCGGAAACUGGUGUGUGCCUUCUUUGAUGAUACUACCCUGGCCAACUCCCUGCCUAAUGGUAAAAGGAAGAGAGGACUCAAUGACAAUCGUAAGGGCUUGGACCAGAACAUUGUAGGUGCCAUUAAAGUCUUUACAGAGAAAUACUGCACCGAACACCGAAUAGAGAAGUUGCCCGGGCCUCGGGACUGGGUUCAGAUCCUUCAAGAUCAGAUCAAACUCGCCAGGAGGAGGCUGAAAAGAGAUGCUGCAGAAGAAGUCUUAAAUGGACCUUCUACAAGCUAUGACUACAGCAAACCUGCAAGUGUGAAUGGGACAGUGGUGAACAUGACAGGUUGAUAUGAGGGCUGCAGAAGAUUUCCUGAUAGUCAUCAUUACUUCUCUAACUUGAUCAUUCAUCAUAUUCUGAUU